AUGUCACGUGCAACGACAGGAGACACAAGAUAUUUUCAAGAAAGUUUGGUGCCUGGAGGAUCCAGUGUGCAUGGGAUCGGAAGCUGGGAAUCUCUCGGAGAACCAACACUCUCUCGACAGUCAACAGUGACUUUUGUCGACAAUGGAGUGGUUCAAAUUGAAGACGAUCCCGCUGCAGGGCACGAAGAGUUGCCACUUGUGUUCCCACCUGGGCGCACGGGAGGCGAGCACCAAGAGGAGCUGCCACCAGAGGUUGGUCUUCACCUUGCAUCCGACGCGCGCUCUACCGGCCGGAGACGGACGAAAGGGGGACGGAGGGGGGUUAAGCCGAGGGGAUUGGAGCCAGCGAGCGAUCCAACGCUACCGACCUUCGAUUCUCACCGUAUACGUGCGGUCACCGGCGCUGACUACCAUAGCGGUAUGCCUUCUGUCUCGGGCUGGCCGCCUCGAGACGUGGAUGAGGAUUCCUCUGGAGGGACGGGGGACUACGCAGUCGGGUCCUUGAUGCCCAGGGUGCGAACGGGGAUCCUAGGUUUCGAAGACGGUUCCAGCAACUUCUCUGCCGACGCUUUACACAGAGGAGCGGGCGGCGCCUUCGGCGAAGGCCCGGCGGGAACAACUGAGGCGCUCGAGCCCAGCCUGGAGUUCGACCGCCGGCCCCGCCCCCUGGAAUUCGCGCCGUACACGCAACAAGAUUUCUGGGCCAUGAACUACGAUUCGAAACGCCAGAAGGGAUAUUGGCAGCUGGGAAAGCUCGGCCCCGAUCUGGAGACUCAGGGACUGUUGGAGAAGAAGAAGAAGCUCACCGCCGCUCAGCAGUUCUCCCGCCAGGUCGCUGAGCGCAACAAGUCCACCCUCAAGGUGAACGACUCUCCUCUUCAGCAGCAGCCCAUUCAGAGGCAGGCGUCCUGCCGGGAGCGGGCCAUGCAGUUCGCGAAGGGCAUCCCCAGGCCGGCGGCGCCCAAGGCGGCUCGCCCAGCUGAGAAGGAGGCGUCGGGGCGGUGUCGCGAGUGGCCUGCGUCGGAGGAAAACACGCUGGAGGCGCUGCAGAGGCGGCACGCGGAGGACAAGAAGAGGGUGGAGGCCAUCAGGAAGGAGCUGGAGCGCAUGGGGGCGUCGCACUGA